AUGACAGAGAGGAGAAUUAAAGAGGUUUAAACUAGAAAUAGCAAUAACGGGGAGAAGGAAAUAUUUAUGAACACAAUGGACUAGUUACUUACUGAGAGACUUUCUAAGAAAGAUAGGAGCAGUAACGUUUCAAAAAAAGAUUCAACUAUUUCCUUUCCUAAAGCUUAGACCUCUUAUAGUCCUUUUAAUAACAAUAGAAGUUCUUUAAGUCCUCGAAAUGAAAAUAAGUCUAUCAUUGCAAAAUAGCAAUAGUCCUAAUCAGUGCUGAGGAAUCAGUAUCUAAGAGCAAGUAACCAAAUGGAUGUAUUAAGGCAAUCUCUUAAUAAUCUUUAGUCCUAGAGAAAUAAUCAAAGCCUUAUUAGUAAUAAAGAGUCAUUAUCUAUAAAUAAGUCUCUAACUAACCUCUCUGUUCAGCAAUAGGCUCCAAAUUAAAAUUAAGAAAAGCAAAUGGAGAUAAUUGAAUCCACUAGUCCAGAUUAAAAUAAAAGUUAGCCAUAAAAUGAUGAGUAGGUAGGUGCUAAAAUAGACAUAGAUACAUUCAUAGAGGAUACUUUUAUCUUCAAUAUAUAAAAGCUAACAAAAGUUAAAAAGAAAAUGAUUGAUUGCACAAGAGAGUAUCGUAAAUUUACAAUUACUCAUUCUCCAAGGAAGCAUCACUCUAGAAUAAUUGAGGCAUUAGGGCUUAAUCCACUCGAUAAGAUGUCUAGAAGAAAAGUCAAAAUGUCUAAGGAUCCCAAUCUGGUUUUCAUUGAAUUGGACUGUAGUGAGAAAUAUGGGGGAGCCAGAGAUAUAAUUGAAAUUAAAGUAAAUAAAUCUCCACCUCUGCUUUUAAAUUCCAGAUAGCAGACUCAUUAUGAACUCUAGUAUAGCAACUAUACAGGACUACUAAAUAGUAUAGGGGAAAGAUCUAAUGGAUUAGUCAAUAGCUAGAUGAUGUUGAAUAAGUUAACAUAGCAAAUGAGCACUAAUGGUGCUUUAAGGAGUCUUUAAAAAGAUAACAUACAUAAGCUAUUAAAAAAACAGUCUUAAUAAUCAAGUCAAAUGAAACAAGAACAAUCCUCAACUUCAAUAUCAGUUGCUUAGGAUUCUAAUUUUAAUUUUCAGACCCCAAAUUUUAUUGAGCGUAAAUUUAGCUUCGCAGAAAAUGGUAGUAGCUAAAACACUCCAAAUCAAAGUCAAACUUUACCAAAUGUAACUAUCAGUUAAAGUAAUGAUAAAAAAAGUAACUAGCAAGAUACUUAGAUUUUUGAUGUAGGAUUCAUAGAUUCAAGCAAAUCAUACCUCUAAACUUUGGAGGAGUUUUCUAACAAAAUUGCAUAGUAUGAUAACUUUCAACCUAAAGAUGCUUUUUAAGGAAAUUUUUAUGAAAUUUAAUCAUAAAUACUUAAUAAGGCCUACAAAAUAGAUUAAGGGUAUAGUUUGGUAGACUCUACAAACCUUUAAAAGCUUUUUCUCCAAAACUACAAGGAAUGCCUUUUAAGAUUAGUGAAAGUAAUGCCAAUUACUGGAUGCAUGAUGCAUUAAUUAGUGUCUUAUUUAAUGUAUUAAGUUGAUAGAUCUACAAGAGUGAUUAUAAACAAAGAGAAGUACUACUUGGAAACUAUUGACAAGUACUUUAAUUUUGUAAACUCCAUUUAGAUUAGAAGACUAAUUGAAAGCCAUGAAAAUUCAGCUGAAUGCAAACAAGGAAAUCUAUGA